AUGCUGGAAACUCCAAAUCCAAGGACAAAUCCACGGAAUCUUUAUACUUGGUGUGCGUGUCUCGUAAGUCCGGCCAAAAUGUCGAAGAAGCCGGCGGCGCAGCCCACGCUGCACAAGGUCAUCAUGGUGGGGUCCGGAGGCGUCGGCAAGUCCGCCCUCACCCUGCAGUUUAUGUACGACGAGUUCGUCGAAGACUAUGAGCCCACUAAGGCAGACAGUUAUAGGAAGAAGGUCGUGUUAGACGGCGAGGAGGUACAGAUCGACAUCCUGGACACGGCGGGUCAGGAGGACUACGCGGCCAUCCGAGACAAUUACUUCAGAUCUGGGGAGGGGUUCCUCUGUGUGUUCUCUAUCACUGAACCAGAAAGCUUCGAUGCUACGCAAGAAUUCAGGGAGCAGAUCCUCCGCGUGAAGAACGACGAGAACAUCCCGUUCCUGCUGGUGGGCAACAAGUCGGACCUGGCCGACAAGCGCCGCGUGCCGCUGGACACGUGCCGCGAGCGCGCGCAGCACUGGCAGGUGCCCUACGUAGAGACCAGCGCCAAGACCAGGGACAACGUGGACAAGGUGUUCUUUGACCUGAUGCGGGAGAUCCGGUCGCGCAAGUCCGACGACAGCCGCGCCACCAACGGGGACGUGAAGAAAAAAAAGGGCAAGAAAAUGAAGUGCAGCAUUUUGUAA